AUGGAGAAUUGGGUGCAUAUGUUUUUUGAGUGCUCGUGGACUGCUCCGGUUUGGGCUGGGCUCAUUUAUCACGGGUUUCCUCAUCGGCUGGCUCACACUAUUCCGCUCGACAGCCAAGCUUUCGAUUUUAUUGUUCAUGCGCCCACGGGGUUGAGGUUUGCUCUGUGGUUCUUGUGGGUGGAGCGUAAUAACAGGGUGUUUGGGAAGCCUUCUAGUUCGCCUUACACUGUUGUCAGGGAUAUCUUAACUUUCUUUAAAUGGUGGCAGGAGACAAGGAGGCGGGCGAACAGGUUAAUGGAUGGGGCUAGGCGAGAUAGUUCUUCUAGAACUGUUACCUGGAACCCUUAUUAUUGUAAAGGAAUGAUAUUGCAUACUGAUGGUUCGUCAUUGGGCAAUCCAGGCCCGUCCGGCUUCGGAGUUGUUUUGCGUACUCAUGAGGGGGCGUGGAUUGAGGGGAUUUCAGGUAAUAUAGGAAUUGGUGACAAUUCUCUUGCCGAAGUGGUCGCGAUUCUUGAAGGGUUAAAUUUAGCAUUGGCCCGGAGGUGCACAACUCUCACUUGUUACUCCGACUCGCAAGAGGCUCUCCGGCUGAUUCAAAGUGCAUCCGCAGUUAAUCAUGUUAUGGGUGGGUUGCUCAUGAACAUAAGGGAUAAGAUUAGUUUGAUCGGGAAUGUGCGGUUUUUUCACAUCUGGAGAGAGGGAAAUUCUGUUGCUGAUAUCUUGGUUAGGAGAGGAGCCAAGGAAGAAGCGUUCUUCACGACUUGGGCGUAUCCCCCAGAUGACUUACUCACUCCGUUGGCAAAGGAUGCAGCUUUGUUUCCUUACAUGCGUUCAUAG